CCCAAAGAAAUCAACUCACUCACUCCCCAAACACAUUCAAGUCGCUAAUCCUUUUCCUUCCACUCCUCGCAAUAAGAGGAUUAGUACCAUUAGCCGCGUUUUUCAAAAGUGCUUUUCGAUGGGAAUUGAAAGAGGAGGCUUGAAGGGAUUCAGGAGCGGCUGGAGUGUGCCGCCGAAGAAGCCAUGCGACUCCUGUAAGCUGGCUUCGGCGGCGCUUUUCUGCCACCUCGAUUCCGCGUUUCUCUGCAUCGCGUGCGAUUCCAAGAUUCACUGCGCGAAUAAACUCGCGUCGCGCCACGAGCGCGUGUGGAUGUGUGAGGUGUGCGAGCAGGCACCCGCUUCUGUCACGUGCAAGGCUGACGCGGCCGCCCUUUGCGUCACGUGCGACUCCGACAUCCACUCCGCCAACCCACUCGCGCAACGCCACGAGCGCGUUCCCGUGGAGCCCUUCUUCGAUUCCGCGGAAUCCAUCGUCAAAGCCUCCGCCACCGCCUCUUUCGGGUUCGUCGUCCCCUCCGACGAUGGCGCUGCCUCCGACGUCUUCGCCCCCGACGACUCCGACUCCGCCGCCUGGCUCAUCCCGAACCCCAAUUUCGGGUCCAAACUCAUGGACGCCCCCGAAAUCAAGUCCAAGGAGAUAUUCUUCUCUGAAAUGGACCCCUUCCUCGAUUUUGAUUACUCAAACUCCUUCCAAAACCACAACAGCGCCGUAAACGACAGUGUCGUUCCAGUUCAAACCAAACCCUCUCUCGCCCCUCCCCCCAUCAACAAUCACCAGCACCACCACCAAUCUGAGACUUGCUUCGAUAUCGAUUUUUGCCGCUCGAAGCUCUCCUCCUUUAACUACCCAUCCCAGUCUCUUAGCCAAAGCGUUUCUUCGUCGUCGCUUGAUGUCGGAGUGGUGCCGGACGGGAACACAGUGUCGGACAUGUCGUAUUCGAGUGGGAUUGUGGUGUCGGGUGGACAAGGCGCGACGCAGUUGUGUGGGAUGGAUCGGGAAGCGAGGGUGCUGCGAUACAGAGAGAAAAGGAAGAACCGAAAAUUCGAGAAGACGAUUCGAUACGCAUCGCGAAAGGCUUAUGCGGAAACCCGGCCCAGGAUAAAAGGCCGGUUCGCGAAACGAACCGAAAUUGACUCGGAUGUGGAGCGUCUCUAUAGCCCUGGCGCUGCGGCGCUCAUGCUGGACACUCCAUACGGUGUCGUACCAUCGUUUUAGUUAAUUAAUCAAAAAGAAGAAGAGACGAUGGGUGCAUGAAUAUAGUGUUGGGAAAUCUUAGAAUAAUGAUUAGUGAUUCUGUGGGAUUAUUAGGGGAAAAAAGGUGAAGAAUCGAAUCGGUACGAACGCGAUUCUUAGCUGGAGCGCGAUGGGAAGAUUAUUGUGAAGAUUUGUCUCGAUCGACCAGAAAAGCCCGUUUACUUUUAAAGGGGGCUUCUGUUCCAUAUUCACCUCGUGUAGAAUUAGAACCUGUACUGUAAACUCUUUUCACUGCCUUGCCUGCUUCUGUCUUUCUUAGUAUUAAAGUGUCUUUUUUUCGAUCAGCCAGAUCACGGAUCUCUUUCCCCAUUCCUAUUGGCUGUCCUCCCCAACUAUAUAUAUAUAUAUCACUUUUUUAAUACAUGAUGAUCAUCAUCAAAGCCUUUGUUUUACUUUUAUCAACUCCUUAUAUGCAUUCCAAGGUCACACCAAGCCAAGUUUCGGCUUUUGAUUCCCUAA